GAAUUUGAAGUUCGGGAAAAAUAAACUGACGAGCGGGAGUUUCACACAUCUCUGUUUUGUUUUUAUUUACCUACUGAAAUAAUAGGGAUAAAUAUGAAUUUUUAACAACCACCAAGAAAAGCACUAUGGAAAAUAAUAAAAACUUAGAUUCCGCUGUUAUAACUAGACUAAUUUCUCCAUUUGUGGAACAGGCAACUUGUUUGGAUUGUUGCAAAUUAUACAUAGCUCCAGAAACUGCUAGUUGUGGCCACACUGCCUGUCAUGCUUGCUGGCGUAAGCGAAAAUCUUGCUUAUGUUGUGCAGCACCACUAGAUCGAAGCUCACUGAAACUGAACGACCCUAUCCAAGUCAUCACUGAACAUGUGCACAACAUGUGUGAUUUGUUUGAAGAAGUGUUUAACUUCAGAGUUGAUACCUUUUCAAUUGGAGAUGGAUUUACACAAAGGCAAUCACAGCCAGAUCCUACAAAUGAAGUUCAAAAUUGGUUAGCAAGUUCACAAAACCACUUUUCUGCACCCAUUAGUUCAGAAUCUAUGCAAGAUGUUACAGCUGUAGAACAUUUGACAAGCACAGUGCAAAUACAUAGUCAUACAAAAAAGAUUUUAUCACCUCAAAAAGUUGUCCACAAACAAACUAUGCAAGAUGAUUGGGAAAAAAUUGAGCAACUUCCUGAUACUGAUGAAUUAAUUGUUAAACAAACUAAAGUUGUUGAAAACAACAAUAAAUAUUCAACAGAAAAUCCUCGUAGAAGUUCAAGAAAAAGGGAAUUUAAAAAUGAUGAACAUAUUCCAAUAGCUUUAGAUACAUCAAAGGACAAAUGUAGUUCAAAGAACUCUAGCAGUGAAACUGAAAACAAAACUGUCAAAACCAUGCAAAAGUGGAAUAAUGUGAAAAAAAUGAGGAAAGAGUUCAGUAAAUUAAACAAGAAAAAUAGAAGUAAAUUAAAUGUGUCAAUAGAAAUGUGCAAGAAAAAUAAGUUAAACCAAGCUAAAGCAAAUAGUGCAGAUGAGAUUGCAGGUGUUGAACAAAAUACAGGACAGUUAGUUGAUAUUGAAGAUGACACCCCUUGUGAUAACAUUAAGGAAACACCACAGAACCAUAAAGAGAACAGUGUUCCAGAUCAUACUAACAUUCAAAAUAGUAGUACUGAUAAAAACAUUGGAAAAUCACAAUUGAAUGCACCCAAGAAAGAUCCUCCUAUAGAGAUUCAAAAUGAAGAAGUUGUCAAAUCAAAUAAUACUGUUAUUACAGAAGAUAUAAAGACAAAGAAUGCUAAAAUAAUAUGUGACCAUGAUUUAUUUAAUAAUGAAAAAGAAAAUCCAUCAAAGAUGCCUUUCUAUAAAAAAGGUAACUUACAUAUUGAAACUAACACUGAAGUUAAAGAUAAUACUCAAACUGUAAAUUAUAAUAUUGAUUGUAGCAAUAGCAAUAAUGCUGAGGACAUUGAGAUAACCAUUAAAAUAGGCGACACAGUGGCAAAUAUAUAUUUUAAGAGGAAAAAAAAGGAAUGUCGCAAAUCUUGUAGCAAUCAAGAAAUUCAAACAUCAAUUGGCAUUCAUACUUUAGAACAGGAAUCACAUUGCAAUAAACAAAAUAUAGAAAACAAUGAAACAAAUGCUAAAAAUGGACAAAAUACCACCAAAGCAGAAUUUAUCAAAUUACCUGCACCUAAUCUAAAAAUAAAUUACAAUGAGUCAAGCAAAUUAAACAAAUCUGUAUCUACUAAAAAGAAUACCACAUCUGCUGAUACUGUUACAGCACAAUUUGAAAUCACUGACAGUGUCGAGAAAGAACUAUCUAGUGUCAUGGAAUUGGAAGAACAAACACAAUGCAAUAAACAAAAUUCUAAAAUUAUAGUUACGAAAAGUGCUGAUACUAAUGCCAUAAGUUCUAAAAGCACACAGUCAAAAAACCACAUUACUUCAUGUACUACUCAACCCAAAAAUGUCGAAAAUGAGAACGUUGAUUCAGCGCAAAUUCCAAAUUUUCUUAUUGACCAAGACAUAUUUGACAGUGGUUCUGUACAAGAACAAAAUGUUCAUACUCUUCAAAAUGUUAAGAAUGCUCCUUCCGAAAUUUUAAUGCCCACAAUGAAAACUGUUAAGGGGAAAAGUUUGAAGAAAGCUGAGAAACGAAACAGAGAAGCAAAUGAAGACAUUGAAAUGACCAAUAAAAAACAAAAGGUUCAACAGAAUUCGCCUUUGAUUAAUGAUAUUGUUGAAUUUGAUAAAUCAUUACAAAAAGAAUUUCCACAGGAUAGUGAAGGCAUCAACUAUGAUGCUAUAAUGGGACAAGUGUUUGCUAAUAUUGAUGCUGAUAUUCAUAAUACUCCGAAAAGUACAGCAGAUGUGAAUGACUUGAGACCACCCUGUAAAACUGGUUUAGAUCAACUAAAAACCGUAGUUCUUGUCCCUGAAAAAGCAGACAUAAUUCAUAUUGAUGACUCUGGCAACGGUGAUGCGAUUGCUCCUGUAGAACAUAGUGAGAAUGUUUUUUCUGUAAUAGAAAAAGAAAACAAUAGCAAUGAAAUUGUUGAAGUUCAGAAAUCUAAGGCUGCUGAAAUAGAAAAUUUGACACCUGAGAUAUUUAUAGAAGAAGGAGACAAGCUCUGCACUCCACAUGAGAAUAUUGAUGACGAUGAUAAAAGCGUCGUAGAGGAGACACCACAAAAAAGUGUUUCUUUCACAAAACCUAAAAAUAGAUCUGAGAAUGCUCAACCAAACUUAAGUACAAACAAGCAGAUAAAUAUGAAUGAAUUCCAAUUGCAAAGUGUCGUGGACGUGUCCGACUCCGAGACCUCAAGUAAAGUCGGUAAAGAAGUCACUGUCAUCGAUAUCGGCAGGAAAACGACAGAAACACCGCUCACAAUCAACAGAUUUGUCGAUGAAAUCAAGCACAAAUCUACUCCUGUAGCGAGAAAGUCGCUGAAUUUCGACCACGACGAUGUCGAUCCUGAGCAAACACUAUGUCCAACUACGGAGCCAGCUAAAACGACACAAGAGAGAGAGUUUAUGUCGAAAGCGUUUGAGAAUACUCCUAUAUCGCCGGUGAGGAAGCCUCUAGCAGCGAGGAAUAUGAAGGUUGACGAGAAGAGGAACUACUGUCUCGCGGGCUCGUGUCUGUCGUCGAUGGAGCUGAUGAAGGUGAAAGUGCUGUGUCGGCAGAACAACUGGAAGUAUGUGGACAAGUACACCACUGAGUUGACUCAUUUGGUUGUCGGUGUCGAUGACGAGAAUAAAUCACAAAGGUCCGUCAAGUAUAUGUGCGCCCUGGCAGCUUCCAAGUGGAUAGUCUCAUUUCAAUGGAUAGAUGCCUGCCUUAGCACAAACAAAAUCAUCAAUGAAGAGUUGUUCGAGGCGCUGGACGGCACGGGCGAGCCGGGCCCGCGGCGCUCGCGCUCGGCGCGCUGCAAGCUGUUCCAGGGCAUCAGCUUCUACUGUCUGCCGCCCUUCAGCGUGCUGCAGCUCGACACUUUAAAGAAUAUGUUGGAAGCAGCAGGCGGGAGAGUAGUGAAUGACGUGCGGAGCGUGCGUGCGGAACGUGAGCCCGCGCUGCUGCUGGCCGAGCCCGAGGACACGCAGGAGAACAAAUUUAUAUAUAUGGCGGUUGAGCUGAGCGUGGUGCCAGUGAACUACGAGUGGGUGCUGAACUGUCUGGGCGGGUACACCCUCAGCUCCGUGAUGGAGCUGCUGCUGUGCCCGGCCGCGCUGCUGCCCGCCGCUGUCGCCUCCUGGCCGCCGCACCUCGUCUCGCAGGACGACUGACAUACUGGCUCCACACAUCUGGCAUGAAGUUGAAAAGCGAAUCCUUUGCGCACGCUCAAUGGCUAAGAAAGAAACUAGUAAAUCACUCUGACAUGAGAGAGAGAGAGAUAGAUAUUUGGCAUGAACUUCUGUAAAAUACUUAUUCUACCGCUGCAACUCCUUCACCGGGCCUCAUAUCCUUGUUCUGACAACUUGUGUAUCUAGUUUGAUUCCACUACAUUCAUUCACAAUUAUGUCUCGAUAGUAAUGCUUACACAGUUCAGAUAAUUAGGGAAAAAGCAUGGUUUAAUGCGUGUUUACGCAUCAAACCAUGCCUUUUCCCUUUCGGCAUGACACUAAUCCCACCCACUAUUAAAUAACUUUUUUUAUAUAUUGACUCAAUACUAUGAUAGAUAUAUAAGACACAUGAUGUUAUCGUACCUGUCCAAAAAAGCAAUUCAAGGAAUGCGGUGGUUUCGUAUAUCGUUAUAGUAAUCUAUUUUUUAGUCUGUAUUGUAUACUAUUAAAAAUCCCUAUGUGCCUUUGUAGUCCGAAUACUAUUCCAUUAUUUAGUAUGUAAUUAUCUAGUAGUACGUCAACAUAUUAUGGUAUUGAUUGUUAUAAUGAUGUUAUAAUAUACUGAUUUUGGUAUUCAUGUAA